AUGUCGGCCACUCCCAUCCACGACGAGGAGAAGAAGGGCGGCCUCGUCGCGGCCCACGCCGUCGUCGACGACCACAUCCCCCAAUAUGAGCAUGAGCAUGAGCCCGUCGACGCCAUCGCCGCCCUCGUCUCCGAAGACCACUCCCACGACAUCAAGCUCCGCACCAUGUCGUGGCAGAAGGCCGCCUGGCUGCUCUGCGGCGACCAGGUCUGCCUCGCCAUCAUGGCCCAGAGCUGGUCCCUCUCCGUCCUCGGCUGGGUCCCCGGCAUCAUCACCAUGCUGGCCGCCGGCAUCCUCUUCGGGAUCACCUCCCUCACCAUGCACCACUUCAUCAUGAAGCACCCCCAGAUCCGCGACAUCUGCGACUUUGGCUACCACGCGUUCGGCAAGAGCCGCCUCGCCUACGAGUUCACCGGCUGCAUGCUCCUCGCCAACAACAUCAUGCUCAUCGGCUUCCACGUCCUCACCGGCGCCAAGAUCCUCAACACCCUCUCCGACCACUCCCUCUGCACCGUCGUCUUCGCCGUCAUCGCCGCCCUCAUGGGCAUCGUCAUGUCCCUGCCCCGCACCCUCAAGCACGUCUCGUUCAUGUCCAUGUUCUCCGCCGCGGCCAUGGGCAUCGCCAUCCUGCUCUUCAUGGUCUUUGCCGGGAUGGAGGAGGCCCCCUACUACGGAUACAACGGCAACUACCCCGAGCUCGGCCCCGUCAAGACAUACGCCUUCCCUCCCGCCGGCACCACCUUUGUAGCGGCUCUAAAUGCUGUUUUGAACAUUACGUUCCUGUGGGUCCCUCAGAUCCUCUUCCCCACCUUCAUCGCCGAGAUGGAACGCCCCCAGGACUUUCCCAAAGCCCUCGCCGUCCUGGCGGGAGUAUCCGCCUUCCUCUUCAUCGUCCCCCCGGCCAUCGGAUUCCGCUAUCUCGGCCAGUACGCCACCGCACCCGCCUUCGGCUCCCUCGGCGUCGUCGCCUACAAGAAAGCCUCCUUCGCCUUCGUCAUCGUGCCCACGCUCGUCAUCGGCGUCAUCUACGCCAACGUCUCGGCCAAAUUCGUCUACCACCGCAUCAUGGGCCGAUCCCGCCACGCGCACUCCAACACCCUCCUCGGCUGGUCCAUCUGGGCCCUGGUCAUGGCCGUCAUCUGGGCCGUAGCCUUCCUCUUCGCCGAAGUCAUCCCCUCCAUGGGCGAUUUCCUCUCCCUCCUCGGCGCCGCUUUCGAUUCCUUCUUCGGCUUCAUCUUCUUCGCCGUCGCCUACUAUCACCUCCACCGCGGCAGGUUCUUCACCGGUCUUGGUCGGGGCGUGAUGAGUGUGGUGCAUGUCUUCGUUCUCGCCGUGGGUCUCUUCUUGUUGGGGCCCGGGCUGUAUGCGGCUGUCGAGGCCAUCAUGGCGGAUUAUGCGGGCACUACCCGGCCGGCGUUUUCUUGUAAGAAUCUUUCCUUAUAA